AUGGCGGAUCAAGAUGAGAUCCGUGGGAAUUCGGUCUAUCAGACCGAACAGUCACAACCUGUCACUGAAACAUCCUCACCGAUUGAGAAUCCUGUUCCUAUGAAGGGACAGAAGAAACCCGGCUUGAUGGCAAAAAUUGGGAGAAUGCUCAACCAAGAUGUCCGUGAGGAAAUGCCUGCAUACAAAGAUAUCGAAGUCCAUACCUGGGACGGUCCCGACGACCCCGAGAACCCCUUCAAUUGGAGUCUCAAGUACAAAUGGCUGAUAACCAUUACCGUCUGCUUCAUCUCUAUCCUAACUGGUCUCCCCGCAGGAACCUAUGGUUCCGGCAACGACUGGAUGGAGAAAGAAUUCAACGUCCAGAAUGAUCCUUUCCCAAAUCUCUACUGGGCCACCACCUCCUGGAACAUGGGCGCCGCCUUCUGGCCACUGAUCUUCGUCCCUCUGACUGAGGCCUCAGGCCGCAUGCCAGGAUACUUCGUCGCAUAUAUCAUCCUCGUCAUCUCGCUCUUCCCAUCCGCGUUCGCACAAAACUUCGCGACAAUCGUCGUGACGAGGUUCUUCGGUGGCGGUGCGUCUUCCGUCUCGAUUAAUAUCGUCGGUGGAAGUAUCUCCGAUGUGUGGUUUGGUGACCAUGCUCGCAGUUUGCCGAUGUCUAUCUUCGGCUUUACUAGUGUUGUCGGCAUUGCACUUGGUCCAUUUAUUGGAUCGGCUAUUGUGCAGAUUCAGAAAUCCCAGCCGUGGCGUUGGAUCUUCUAUAUACAAAUUAUCUACAACGCAGCCUUGAUCCCAGUAUUCUGGCUAAUCCUCCGCGAAACCCGCCCAGACGUGAUCCUCAAGAAGCGCGCACGCAAGAUCCGCAAAGAAACCAACCGCCCAGUCUACGCCGCUUCCGAAAUCGACGCACCAAGCAAACUCCGCCUCCUCAAAAUCUCCUUCCAGCGCCCAACAAACAUGCUCCUCACCGAGCCGGUCGUGAUCUUCUUCACGUUAUGGAUCAGUUUCGCCUGGGGAAUCUUGUACCUCUUCUUCUCCAGCGUCGUACAAACCUACUCGACAAAUUACGGCUGGGGCACUCUGUCAACAGGCCUAGUCCAGCUCGCGAUAUCCGUGGGUGCAAUUAUUGGAACAGCCAUCAACCCGCUGCAGGACUGGUUUUAUCUCCGCUCUGAGCGACGCAAUACUGAGAGACCCGGUAAACCCAUUCCAGAGGCGAGACUGUACACGUCUAUUCCGGGUAGCUUGCUCUUUGCAGGCGGUUUGUUCUGGUAUGGCUGGGCCAGUCAACCGCAUAUUCACUGGAUCGUGCCGACUAUCGGUAUCACGGCUGCGGGUAUUGGCAUUUAUUCCAUUUAUAUGGCUGUUGUUAAUUAUCUGACUGAUGCUUAUGAGCGGUAUGCGGCGUCUGCUCUGUCGGCUGCUUCGCUUGGAAGGAAUGCUUUUGGUGCAUUUUUGCCGCUUGCUUCGCCGCAGCUGUUUAGCAACCUUGGAUUCGGGUGGGCUGGAAGUCUGCUCGGAUUCAUUGGAGUUGCGUUGUCUGUUGUUCCAGUUGUUUUGGUUUGGAAGGGGAAGCAGAUUCGGGAGAGGAGUACGUUUAUGAGGGAGGCUAUGUGGGAGCCUGAGGAGAAGGUUGAGAUUGAUCGCACUGGCAAGGGUAAUUCAGGGCAUACUGAGGGAGUUACAGUGUAA